AUGAAUUCAAGAAUAAGCCGCGAGUCGCAUUCUUUGAUCUCGCAGAUCAUUUUGGCAUUGAUCUGGUCGAACAAUCAAUUGGGCGCGGCGUACUAUAACAUUCUCUCGUACGAAUUGUUCGUGAUGGACGACACGUACGACGACGGCGUUCACUUCAACAUCAUGAAGGCGCUGUACAAGCAGUGCCAGCCGCGCUACGUCAUCACGAUCACCGGCACGUCCGACGAGUUCCUCACGGCGCUCGAGGCCCUGGUGAAGUCGGAAACGUCGUGCGAUUCGAACGAAUCGACAGGCAACGCCGGACCGACGCGGGUCUCGUUCAGGGUGAUGCGGAAGAGGGAACACAACUUCGACAGAUGCUAUCACAGAGUGCGAUGUCUCAAGUUGCAGUCGGAGCCAACGAAUGCCAACCACGUCGAGAGGCUUAUAUUUCUUCAGGGUCUGUUGAAUUUCAAAUCGAUGGCCAUGAUCCACGCGCUCGGUCUUCUCUUGAUCUACAUCGAUCAGAGUUGGAGCAACAUCGCGCUGGAUCCUUUCGGCAGACCCAGCUUCGUAUCUCUGUCCAGCGUAACGUUACGCGACAUCGUCAUGGUGGACGACGACACUUACGAGGGAUUAAAUAUCGUGCGCGCCAGAUAUCACCCGAGUCUUUUCAAGUGCGGUGACGCGAAUUCGAAGAAACAAAGUGGCAGCUUAUUCAUCCUUCUCAAUCGUUGCCAGUCGCGACUUGGAGCGCAGUUUUUGUGGCAAGUGUUGAAAAUAUUGCGACAUCCCACGAGAAAUGCCGAUGUUCUCAAUGAAAGAUUCGAAGUCAUCGAAUUCUGUUUGAAUCCGGAAAACCAGAGUAUCGUCGAAAAUUUGACAUCGUGCUUGAAACACGUUUAUCGUUUGACCAACGUUAUUCUGGAUCGGCAUUUGGCGCAGCAGACCAAGGUUUCCGACUGGCGGCGAUUGCACAAGACGAUUUCUUCCGUAAUCUACAUCGCCGAUAUAUGCGAGAAGCACCGCGAAAAAGUUAAGCUGUUUCGUAAAAUCGUUGAUAGCGUGACGAACGAAGUACGUUACGUCAAGUAUUUCAUCGAGUACAUCGUAGACUUUGGCGCGAAACGAUCCGAGAACGAUUUCAUCGUCCGAGCGAACGUGGACUCGCACUUGGACAAACUGCAUCACGUGAGAAGCACAUUGCCCGAAACUCUGACCGAAAUGGGAGAGAAAGAUAUGAAGGAGCAUCUUCCACCGUCGGUGACGACCUGCAAAAUGGUGUACAUACCGAAUAUCGGAUAUCUGUUGGCGAUAAUCGGAUGGAAUCCGUCGCCAGCCGACAACGCGAAUCUGCAGAAUUUAGAAUUCAAAUUCAUCAGCAACAACAUACGUUACUACAAGAGUCCUAGCGCCAAAGAAUUGGACGAUACCAUAGGUGACAUAAUGUUGAGAAUAAACAAACGCGAGAGUUACAUCAUACUGAAACUCGUCAAGUACAUAAACAAGCACGCUGCGUCGAUUUUCAACGCGAUUCAGUUGUGCGCUGAAUUAGACACAUUGCUGGCGCUUUCCGUGGUCGCGCGUGAAUAUAAUUACGUGAAACCGAAUAUGGUGACGCGACAGAUUAUAGCGAUAGAACAGGGCCGACAUCCCUUGCUGGAAUUUCUGACAACGUUCGUUCCGAACGACACUUAUUCCGGAGACGGGAAGAGUCUCGUAAAAGUUCUGACCGGUCCAAACGCUUCGGGCAAGAGCACUUAUAUGAAACAAGUCGCGCUCAUAAUUUUCAUGGCUCAUAUCGGCUGUUACGUACCGGCGAAAUCGGCCACCAUAGGAAUAAUGACUCACAUCCUGACUCAGAUCACGCAUACAGACAGCGUAGCUCUCAAUACGAGUAUGUUCUUGCAAGAUAUACGGCAGAUAAAUUCUGCUCUGUACGCGUCCACACCGAAUUCCGUCGUUAUUCUGGACGAGUUCGGUAACGGAACGUCCGAAUUGAGCGGCUUGUCAUUGCUCGCAGCCAUACUGAAUCAUUUCAUUGAACGAGGCGAGUCUUGUCCUCACAUUUUUGCGGCUACGCAUAUUCAUCGGGUCAUGAGCACGUUGCCGCGAGAUCCGAUACUCGAGGAACAGACUUUCGAGUUUAUUACAAACGACGAUGGUUCCGUGGCGUAUCUUUACCGUAUAAUUAGCGGACAUGCAACACGCAGUUUCGCACAUGAAGCUGCGCGAAGCGCAGGAUUGGAUGAACAAAUUGUGAAACGAGCAUUGGAGGUGUACGAAAAAUUUAAAGUCGGCGAAUUACCUACACGUUUGCAGGAAGCGCAAAAACAAGACAAAGCAACGAGCAUUAUUGAGAGAUUGUUGGAAGAGAGUGAGAAUAUCGAUUUAGAAGAAUUGAAAUCAAUGAUUCGACAAGUCACAGAUUAG